AGAUAAUAGCUACUGGAGUAAUGUCAAGUCAUUUUAAGGGGCUUGAUAUGUAAUGCAGUACCUUUUCACUUAAAUGGACCCCAGAGUGGUUUGCAAGCUUAGCUUGUGACUUCAUAAAGAGUAUCUCCCUACACAUAGAAAGGGGUGGGAGUUAAAAUGCCUCCCUUUCACUCAAGAGGUGAUUGAUUAGCAUGUGGCUAAUACCCAAUCCAGGCAAACAAGUAAAAGGGGCCAAGCCUUGGUUUUUCUAUCACUGAAUACUCCAUACCCACAGGGUCCAGUUCUUUCUUAUUAGAACUCCUGUGUGUCUUAAAUGUCUCUCUCAAAAGAUCACCUCAAGGCAAGAAGAGGAUACGUUUCCGAAAACUGAAGGGGAAACCUAAAACAAGGAUUUGCCAUAGAAGCUCAUUCCAGAAGGAAUAUGUCAUCGCUGAAAUUGUUCAAAGAUCAGAAAUAUCACACGCUCAAGCAGCAGUGUCUCAAACAAAGGAACCUCUUUGAAGAUCCCGAGUUUCCAGCAUCAGACGAAUCCCUAUUCUACAAGAGACAUCUGCCUGGGACAGUGGAGUGGAAACGACCAAAGGAACUCUGCGAAGAUCCCCAUCUGUUUGUGAAUGGCAUCAGCUCCCAUGACUUACACCAAGGGACACUGGGAAACUGCUGGUUUGUGGCAGCUUGCUCCUGUUUGGCUCUUUGGGAGAAUCUGUGGCAAAAGGUUAUUCCAACCUUUAAGGAACAAGAAUGGGAUCCAAAGAGGCCAGAGAAAUAUGCAGGGAUAUUCCACUUCCGGUUUUGGUGUUUUGGAGAGUGGACUGAUGUGGUCAUAGAUGACCGGUUGCCAACAAUGAAUGGAGAGCUGAUCUACUGCCAUUCGAAUGUGCAGAAUGAAUUCUGGAGUGCCUUGCUGGAAAAAGCUUAUGCAAAGCUGGCUGGGUCUUACGAAGCCCUGGAUGGGGGCAGUGCUGCAGACGCCCUUGUCGAUUUCACCGGGGCCACGGCAGAAUCCAUUGACAUGGUACAAGGAAAAUAUGGCAUGAAUAUUUCUGAGCAAAUGAAGCUGCUUAAUGACUUAAUGAAAGUACAUGAAAGAGGCGGGUUAAUCAGCUGUUAUAUCUCGACUUCAUCCACCAAUGACCAGGAGGCAGAAACUGAGAACGGCCUGAUCAUUGGCCAUGCCUACUCGGUGACAGCCGUUCGGAAGGUGCACCUAGGAAAGAGACAUAGAUGCUUUUCCAAGUCAGAGAAGCUGUUCAUGAUCAGACUGAGGAACCCAUGGGGCAGCAGGGAGUGGCACGGAGCCUGGAGUGACAGUUCUGAAGAGUGGAAGAAAGUCAGUGAAUCGGAGCGUAAGAGAUUGGGACUCACCAUUAGAAACGAUGGGGAGUUCUGGAUGACAUUUGAGGACUGGUGCAAGAACUUCACGGAUGUUGACGUGUGCCGGAUUAUGAACACUUCCUGCUUUAGUAUCCACAAGACCUGGAAAAAGAGAAUGGUGCGUGGGGCUUGGACAAAGAAUUCAGAACCGUUGCUAAACCGCUCCGGAGGAUGCUUCGAUAACCAAGCCACCUUCCUACAAAACCCCCAGUAUGUCUUCGAUAUCAAGAAAGCUGAGGACAAAGUGCUGAUCUCACUGCAGCAACAGGACCGGCGCAUGUACAAGAAGGAUGGGAAAGGGGACAACUUCCCAACUGGCUUUGAAAUCUUCAAGGUGGAGGACAACAGAGAAUACCGAAUCCACAAGCUGACAAUACAAGAGAGAGUGGCAACAUCCAUGUACAUCAACACACGCACCGUGUUCCUAAAGAAGCUCCUUCAGAAAGGCCGCUAUGUCCUCAUUCCAACAACGUUCCUUCCUGGUGUUGUUUCUCAGUUCAUUUUGAGGCUCUUUACAGAUGAACCAUCAAAACUUAGAGAGCUGAAGUCAGAUAAGCCUACAUGGACAUGCUGGAGCCUCUUAUGUGGUUACCCUCGCAGAGUCACCCAAAUUAAAGUUCACUCUGUGGAGGGCCUACAAAAGCAAGACAGAUAUGGUGGAGCAGACCCUUACCUGAUCAUUAAAUGUGAGAACCAGAAAGUUCGCUCUGCUGUCCAGCAAGACACUGUCAAUGCCAUUUUUGACAUGCAAGCAGUUUUCUACAGAAAGAACAUGGACUGUCCCAUUACUGUCCAGGUCUGGAACAGCAACAUCUUGUGUGACCAGUUCCUUGGACAAGUGCUGCUGGCAGCAUUGCCCAGUGACCCCAGAGAACAGCAGACUCUGCGGCUCCGAGGGAAAGGCGGCGGAGAAGCAGACGAAAUGCCGGGUCACAUCACCGUCAAGGUUGUUUCCAGCGACGACUUUAUGGAGCUAUGAAUACCAAAGCCCUGUGGACCCAGACAAAGCUGUCACCUCGCAGCUGGGGGCCUUGUCUGUGCUUUCAGUGUGAGUGACUUGGGAGCAAAAAUUGCACAAAACCAUAAAUCAUUUUAAAAGAAAAGCCCCCUUGUUCCCCAUUUCAGCACAGCUAUAAGCAGGAGAGGAUUUUAUACAGAAAGAAAAUAUAUCAUGCAACAACUAUAGUAGUAGGGGGCAACACUAAUUCAGUGACCAAGCUCGUUACAAACCACCACACUAUCUGUCCUUCCCAGAUAUUUGGUGCAUCGCUCUAUAUCAUGGCACAUCAUAUUACAGCAUAUCUGACUACUUUUGGAGGGCUUCGGUGCAAUGUGUUUAUGUUAUAUUUUUUUAUGGCAAUGAGAGUGGAGCCAGACAGGAAAGAAGCUGAUUUCCAUGGUGACACCUGGGAGGGUAAGGGGCAAAGGUGGCAUCCUGGGCCCAAAUGCUUGUCCACUAUUGGAAACGUUUAAUAGCGUGGUUUUCAUUUAUGAGGCAGAUUGUUCUGGUCUUAAAUGAGUUGAAACUGGCUUCCUUUUAUAUAAUGCUACAAUUGCUCUUAUUAAUGGUACUCUUAUUAUGUGAUUGUCUCCAGUGAAAUGUCACUGCUCGAGGCAUCAGAGCACUUAUUUUGCAUAGGCCUAGGGAACCCUGCGGAAGAGGAAUCCCAGUGUUCAAAUAGCAGUAGGGCUAAGCGGUUGAACAGUGUAACUAGUGUGAGUUUUGCCCGGGCAAAGACCACUGGACUUACCCUCAUAUUCUUUCUUCCUGAGCCAGCCAGCAAGCUGAGGUCUCUGACCACGAGAAGGGCGCCUACAAAUCCAUCAAUGGCUUUGACCUAGCAGAAACUCAGUAAGAAGAGCCUCUAGUCACAAGAGCCUCUCUGAAUAGCAGUUUGAUACGUGAGACACUUUACCAAAGGGCUGUCCUUGUUGUUGAACAUCCCCUUCAUGCCACUUGUACUGCUGAGCAUGGUACCAAGGAUUCGCUGUAGGAGGACACAGCCCUCCUGGGGGGGGGUCUGGAAGGUAGAGCUGUAGUAGGCUAGCAUUUUUUUUAUCACACCCUAUUUUGUGUGAGGGACUAAUAGCCUUUAACCGGCUGUAUCAUAGGACUAAGUUCUCCCACAGAGUUGGCCGGGAUAGAAGCUUCCUUCCAGCCUUUGCAGGUAGCCUACUAGUUAGGUUUCCCUUGAACAGAAAGCACCUGUGCCGUUGAGCGAGGUAGCAAAUUCUAGGCGUAAAAUCAAUUCAUAAUGAACUCCAGACCCUUCACCAUUCGCCUGUUCAGUGUUCGUGUUGCAAAUUCUGCUCUUGGGGUUCAGCUUUCAGCUUUGCAUUCAGACAACAGCUGAAUCCUGGGUAGGGCUGAAUUUUCACUCAUGCAGAAGUGAUGCCAGGCAUCUUGUGAAUCUUUUUCUAGUGGGUGAAAUGCUUUAGGGCAGAAUUACAUGAAUAUUUCUGCAAAAUAUUGUGAGGAUUUGUUCUGCAGCUUGAAACACCCCGCUGGCCCUGUGUGAAAAUGAGAUGAGUGGUAUCCUGAGGCAGGGAGGGAAACACACAAAUGAAUCCGCCGCUGUGCUAGUUGACUGCCAUUGGCUUGGUUUCAUGUGUCAAAUCUUCACAUCCAGAUUUAGCCCUGAAAAGGCUUGUGACUAACCAGUUUCACAUUAUGCCGGUAUAUGCACGCAUUUUGCAUAAUUUGCAUAAUUGUACUCUCUACAAAAGAAUGGGUUUCUGGAUAUUCUUUUGGGAGAGAGAAGUAUAUAUCUGCGGGAGUGUAAAGGUCCAGCUUUCCAAGACAGCUCAGGCCCUGGACAAGCAAGAAUGCUUUUAAGGGCCAGGUACAAACAUCACAAAGCAUCUGGGCUCUGCUUGAGGCGCUGCUGGCAGUUACCAGGCCUGAGUCUCUUUGCCCGCUAUUUUGACACCCUUGUAACUCUGGUGUCUACAGUGGAGUUACUCCAGACCUGCAACAAUGCAAGCCAGCAAGAGACUUGUGCUCUUCAGGUGCACAAUAAUUAUGCAAGGUCCCAGAUUUUAAGACAAAGCAACUUUCUGAAGUCUCACCAGCUGGCAGGGAGGGAUGCUCAGGGUAGAGCCUUGUCAGGCCAGCAAAGCCUCCACUGCAUGAGCUCCAGGAGGACCCAGAAAACAGAUGUUUAAAGUGGAGCAGACAAUAAAAGCUGCUCCUGUGGACUGAAUCAUAUCCUAGUCAGCAGAACUGUCCCCUCAGCAGUGCACCACUCUGAAGUGGGGUAUGGCCCCCAGGUAGCGUCAUGUAUCCGUUUGUUGGCAGAAGCCCUUUGCCUUUUGCAAAGUAAAAGAAACACGGGCUACAGCAGCUCCUGUGUGCUUGCCUAAGUAUACACAAAGGUACAAAGCAGCCCAGCUUUCUUGUAAAGGUGCUAGAGACUGCAAAAAUUACAGUCCCAGAGGUGCAGGUCUCUACCCUGUGGCGUGCAGCUAUGCUGGCCUGGCAAGAAGGAGUGGUAGGGAGGGCUCGCCUAAUGUCAUCAAAGCUCGGGUGGUUCUGUUGUCUCAUUCCCUUCUUGCAAGGCUGUCCCACAGAAACAGAGACAAGUGUUGACUUAAUGAUACUAAUAACUGGUAAAUUCAGACAAUGGAGAGGGAGCAUUGCCUUGGGCAUGGUUCCAGCACAACACCAUUCCCUGGCAUGUAUGAAGGAGUUGGGCAUUUUAUGAUCAAUAGGAUUAUCUGUGGUUCUGCAUUAAUUAGUGUUUGGAAAUGAGAUGUCAGUGUAACAACAGCCUGGGCAGCAACAACAGCCUGGGCAGCAUUUGCCUAUUAGCAGGUGUUAAUGCAAGCUGGGGAAUGCCCAUUGGGGUCUGUGACUCACGGAGGCAGCUGACUGCCUUGUUACCCUACCCAGCCAUAUGGAAGAUGGAAACAGGCCCUGGUAGGGGGAAGAAGCCACACUUAGCUGGGUGUUGUCUGUUCCUGAAGCUAGACCCCAGGAAGAUGAGGUUGGACCAGUAGGGCUGAAAUGGCAUCUUCUCAUGGCACUAUGCAUCUUCUUGUGUCUGUGAGGCUAGGGUAAGUAAUGGGUGUCUGCUUAUAAGAGAAACAUCACGCAUUAAAGUCAUGGGCAUCGCUACAGAACACACGAGUGUAGAAAAAGCAAGUGUAGUAUCAAGCAAGAAAAAUUUUUUGAGAACAGACAAAAUGUUUGGCAGUCCUGCCAGUGGAAAGGCCUCAGGAAGUUGAAUGGAUUUGUUCUGACUUUUUUAGAGCAAGACUUCUUUUGGUUUCCAUACAUUCUUGCCCUUGGUAGGAAGGCAAGGACUGAGUAACACAGAAACAGAGAGAGGCCAAGCCAGGCUGUAGAUGCACUCCUAGGCCUCCCUGAGCUGGCUCCGUUAAAGUGUUCAGUGCUGCCAGUUUGCAAACACUCCUGCUUAACCUUUUCUUUGCCUUCAUUUGUACCCUGCAAGUGAAUUAGACAUGUGGUUACUGCAUCUUUGGCCCAAGCCCCACCGUGUCUUGGAUAGAGUGAACAAAAUCCACAGCCAACCUCACUGGGGCUUUGCCUUCCCCUCCCCAAUGUGAUCUCUAGCCCUUCUCUUUUCUGAAGCUCCCUUCCCUCCCCCUCAGUCUUCUCCUCUACGGUCACUAUUACAGCACAGAAAAUGCCCAGUUCCUCUCCCCUCAGCCAAGCGUAGGCCGAUGCUGAUUUAUGGCUCCCUGGCUCACAGGACCAGUCAUCUCCAAGGAGAAUAAUAGAUUGAAUUUGCUGA